UGGCCCAAAAUGAAUUUAACUAGCCUGAAUAACCGAGAUUUCAUCUGAACUGUGGAUAAAUCAGCAUGAUCAAAAACUUCAGUGAAUAUAUUUUUGUUUCAAAUAACAAGUCAAGAGAGUAGGGGUGCAACGAAUCACAAAUCUCAUGGUUCAAAUCAUAUUACAGGUUUUGAGUCACAGAUCGGACCUUUUUUGGAUUUUUAAAAAUUAUUUAAAGAACAUUUAAGUACUUUUUCGAUACCACAGCAAAAACUACUAGCAUAACUAAUAAAGGUCAAACAUUAUUAAAGACAAGUGAAGCGUCGGUAAUAAAAUAAGGACAAAUAAACAAAUUGCAAGUAAAAAAAUAGCAAAGCCACAAAUAAUGCAAGGUCUAAAAUUUGUUUUCAAGCACAUAAAUGUAAUAAUUAAGUGUAAAACAACACUGCACAGUGAAUAUAGAUUAAUCUUUUUUUAAAGUUGUGUUUUGUUGUUUGUUAUUUACAUCAUUGACAGAGAGCAGCAGGUAUAGGCUGCUGUUCCUUUAAGACCAGAAGCACAGAUUCAAUAAAAUUAUACACAUGCAAUUUCUUUCUUCACUGUUUACGUUCACUUAAGACAUAACCGACUAUUUAAGAGAAUCUUUGCAGAGACGGGUAUUGUGAGAUAAUUUUUUGUGUAUGAGCCCAUUCAAGUGCAAGAAGACUCGAAAGAUGAAUCAAUUCUGUGUUUGCACAAAUGCCACAAAUAAUAGUGCGCGAGUACCGAAUUGAGUUCUGUUUAGCCUCUUCAUACACUUGAAUGUUUAAACUGGCUUAUCUACAGCACAUUACAUUAAGACUUUUUUUUUAGUUUUGUUAAGAGUUUUAGUUAUUUUGUACUGUUUAUUAUGUAGUUGAGAUCAAUAACUUGAUUGAAUUUAUGGUGCCUCUAAAAGACUGAAGGGUCAUUAAAAAAAAUCAGCACGAAAAUGAAAUUGAUGUUAAUUCAUCUGUGCAUUAACUCACAGUCAACUCUGUGUCAUAACUCAAACUUCUGGUGAAACAACAGACUUCUCCCUGGUGAUGUAUGCCAGACUUCUCCAAUCAUUUAGCCUGCUUAAACCCUAAACCCUUUCGACAAGCUUGUAUUUAGAUCUGCCUCCAUCCAAUCAACCAAUUCAAUUUUUUGAUGAUCUGUUUUGCUCAGAUGUCUCAUUAUGACUUUAAAUACACCAUUUUCAACAACUAGAAUUUGUGAGAGGAAUCAAAACCAGAAUCAUAAAAUUCCUUACGCUACAGAUGAACACAAAGCUGCAAUAAUAAAUAACAAAUAAUGUUGCACAAUAUUUAUUCAAAUUCAUUCAAAUUGAAUUUGACACAAGGGAGAACUACCAAAUCAGUUUAUUAGUGGGAAAAGGGCAAUUAACAUUUUUACCACUGUUGUAAAAUCACUCUUACAAACUGUUACAGCAUACUUCAGAUUUUUGUAGCCAAUUCUUAUUCAUAUAGUGCAAAAAACAGGGAGAGACAUUUGCUGUGCCACUGAGUGGUCGUCACGCUCUAUAUGAUGGUAGCCACGUUGGAUCAGUGUCAAUGCAUCAUGGCCAUCUGUGUGUCAUCUGAGUGUGCUAUGAUGAACAGAGGGCUCUAAAUUACAGCACUGCUGAUUGGCACACCAUGCUUGGUAAAUACCAGGUCUAAUUGUCCUUUGCUCAAGAAACCCAACUUGAAGGUUUGAAUACUUAAUGUCUACUUAAUGUCGCAAACCCACAGGUGUGAGUCAUGUGCACUGAAUCCAAAUGCAGUUCUGACCAACCUCACGUGUGAAAAUGCUGAGUGGCCGUUCACGGUUCAUUAGAAAGAAAAAAAAUGGAGCAAGGAGGAGAAAGAAACUUACACUUGCUUUAACACUAAAGAAAUACUGCAGCAAUGAGCCCCUAAAUAGGAGUUGGGUGGGUGACCACCACCUUAAUCUCUGCUGAAUGCCCUAGAAUCCUUUUCAAACUCGUCUUGGGCCCCCCAGCUCAAAAGAAAAAGGACAGAGUGAAAGGAGGAGUGGCAGGAGCUGCAGCGGUGUAGAGAAACACAAUAGGCUGAUUGUCAGUGAUCCAUAGUGUAUGGCACGGAUCCAAGUUGGUUAUACCUCCACAGCAGUAAAGGCAAGGUGAGAGAGACUUAAACCUAUGCAAUGCGACAGAGAGACAUGCACUAUAGCUAGAGACACGAGGGGAGGAGAGACACACAAUUGAUGAGCAGAGGAAGGCGGAUGCAGAGAGAGAGAGUACAACUCAAACAGCAACUGAAUAUCCUCUGGGGUGGGCAAAUGUGUGUGAGAGAAAGAGAGAGAGAGGUAGAAGAGGAGGGGGAGUGUUGCAUGCUGUGCCAGUCAGCGUAAAAUGAGUAAAGAGAGAGUGUCGUAUGGGUAGUGGCGGAUUUUUCCCCCCUUUCUCUUCCUCACACUCACUCGCUCUGAUGGUGGACUAAUACAUCCUUUUGCGCAUAUCUCUCAGGGGAUCGAUCACCCGUCACAAUGGUGUUCAUCUCGACCACUCUUAAAUCUGUCAUUAAGUACUUCAAAAAGAAGGCGGUGUCCAGUCUAGAUGAGGAGAGCAAGUGGUCGGUGCACUACACAGCCCCCUGGCACCAACAGGAGAAUGUCUUCCUGCCAGGAUCCAGACCAGCCUGCGUCGAGGACCUUCACCAUCAGGCCAAAGUCAACCUGAAAACAGUCCUCAGAGAGUGUGACAAGCUCAGGAAAGAUGGAUUCCGCAGUUCCCAGCACUACUCCCAAAGCCCUGCCUUCUCUGCAACCAGCCUUUGUGAAAAUGUGCACCUGGAUGAGGAGAAGGCAGAGAAGAAAAAGAAGGCUUCAGAGUCAUCUAAUGAAGAGGAGAAACUUGUGUACUCGAUGCCGCCUCAGACCCCUCUGCUGGAACAUGGCAUGGACAUCCAGAGAAGCUGGACCAGCUGUUUACCUUUGCCCACUCCUGAGGAGAAGAUGAGACUACAGGCCCAGUCGGUGGCCACUGAUAUCAUUCCCAUCAACAUUACAGGUGAGAACUUUGACCUUCAGGCCAGUUUCCGUCGCUCUGCAGCAAACACUGAUACCAUAAUACGAAGACCCAAGAGGGUGCAAAGAAGAAAGACAAUAACAGGAGUUCCUGACAACAUCCAGACUGAACUAGCAAAUAAAGAACAAGAUGACAGAAUUCACUCAAUGUGUAUGGCAGAUCAGUACUCCACCCUCAGUCGAGUGGGAAGCGUAAACUCCACCUUGAGAUGCUUAGACACCCGUGACUCCAGUUGCCAAACAGAAGAGGUGAAGACUGUUCCUCCCUCAGUACGCAGAAUCAGAGCACAGAGAGGCCAUGGAAUUGCUGCCCAAAUGGCCAGCGUCUCCUCCUCAAGCAGCAUUUCCACCACGAGUGACUGUAAUGGUAUUAAUUACACUGAGCUUAAUGACAGUGGUCAGAGCUUUCACAGUUUGCCACGCCAAGGUUCUCACCUCUUGCAUCAACACUGUGAACCAAAGUACACCAGCUCCCCCUACAGGAUAGAUUCUGGCUCUACAAGCUCCUUGUCCUACCAGUUUGACAUGCAGCAUGGUUCUUCAUUGUCACUGCAUAUGCUCCCCGAUUCCAGAAGCAGUACAUUAAACAGCCCCAAACUUGCUGAAAAUCCAAAUUACCAAGGCUCUGAUCAAAAUAAUAGCUUGUUCAGUCUCAGUGGUGCACUACAGAACUCCAUUCUUUACGGACACAAAAGAACAGAGGAUAAUCAGAUGCAAUCACCUCAUUCUUCAGCCCAAUUGCUUAGUACUGCUGAUGCCUCAUUGUCGGCUGUCUCCUCCUGCUACGAAUCCACAACCUCCCUCUGUACAGGCAUCCAUACAGAGACUGAGUCCCAGUGCAGCACACUUGAUGGCAGAAACUGCAGCAGUCGUAACUGUGUCCGCAGGGAUUCCAACUUCUCGGAGAGCAGCAAUCAAAGCUGCAGCACUCUAACCACUGACCAGUGGACGUAUGAAGUUUCUCCAAAGGACAAUGUCACCUCAAGUUGCUCCUCACCUGUCAGCCAUUUAUACAACAGUGAGGAACAUUCUCCCAGCAAGACAGACUCAAGCUCAUUGUUCUCUGUUGACAAUGAAGGCUACUACACCUCCAUGCGCCUGGACUCUGGUUUGAAGUCGCAUAGUCAUGGCUCCAUCAAUAAAGCGGGAGAUGCAAGGCACAGUUUGUAUGAGUGCAAGGACCACCACAGUCAAGGGGAUCGUGCAAGUCUGCACAGCAACCGCUCCCUGACUCGCAGCAUUUCCCUGCGGAAAGCCAAGAAGCCCCCACUCCCUCCAGCGAGGACUGAUUCCUUAAGGCGCAAACCUCAGAGGAAGCAUCACCACAAUGGUCCGGUCCUUAGUGAGCAAUUGAUCUCUAGUCUCCAGCAGUCCUUAGAGCUUGACCUAAAAUCUUGCUCUGAACAGGCACCCUGCAGUGGGUUUGAAGACCCUUGGGUACUCCGACCCAGAAGCCAGAGCACCAUAAGUGCAUCAAGCAGUGGGAUGUCUGCACCAGCUGCUGUUUGUCCGGUCACACCCACACACAGUGAUAGCAGCAGUCAGCGCUCAGACUAUGCAGAGUCCUGGGACUUCUACAUGGAUUACCAAGGUCCACGGUCUGACCAGGGUCUAUCCUCCCAAAUCACAAGAUCUGCAAUUGCUGAGGAGAAUCGAGUAAUCAUAGGCAAUGCACCCUACAACAUUGGAUUCCCAUCUUCCCACUGCAACAGUAGUGGGAUUCAGUCAAAAUUGGCCUCAUCACCUGACAAGGUCCAUCGCCUGACGUCACCAUCAAGUGGUUAUUCAAGUCAGUCCAACACUCCGUCUGCAGGCACCCCAGUUACUUCUCUAAUAAGAGCAAAAUCUCCUGCAGGGAGGCCGAAACCAAAAGUGCCUGAAAGAAAGUCCUCCCUGCGGUCUUCUGUGUCAUCCUCCUCUACAUCCUUGUCCUCUAACAACUCAGAUUCCAUCAGAAACAUACCGCUACCUCCACCUCUACCUGACAUGACCAUUACAUCAUGUGAAUCACCCAGCCUCACCUCUUCCUCUCCAACAGCAGCUAUGGUAGACUCAACGCCACCUCUUCCUUUUCUACCUGACUUAUCCUCUGACUUGGAAGAGAGACAUAAUUCACUUUCAGAUUCAUCCACAACAUAUGAAAAGUGUGACACUAUUGAUUUCCCCCCUCCCCCACCAAAGGUAUCUGAAUCUCUGUCAAGCAAUGAAGGUACAAAUAGUCCUCCACUUCCUUCACAUCUUCCUCCCAAACCUUCACUGUGCAUUCUAUUUCCUCCUCCUCCUCCUCCUCCUCCUCCUCCACCACCUCCACCAUUACUUGAGACGAGUCUUCAAACAGCAGCCAUUUUGGACACAAAGAGUUGUCUUACAUCUAAGAAGGCUGUGGAAAUUGAAAAAGCACUUAACAUCAACCACACUGAAGAGCAAGAGAAGACUCAGAGACCAAUAAUCACUGCCCAAGCUCUUCACAUGGUGCAGUUAAGACCCGUCAAGUUCAAGCAAAUAGAAGAUAUUUUUACAGCAGUCAGUUUUGAUGAUUUUGAUGACCAAGCACAUAACCAUUCUGAAACCAACUCAGGAAAGUCCCUGGAAACUGAGACUACAGAACAAACAUUGACUGCCAUCUGUGUUAGUCAGUCAGAAAAUGGUAUGGCUACAUCUGAACAUGAAUAUUUAGUGAACAAAUUUCUACAAGAUUUCCCUGAGGCAGCAACUGGUUCUUCACCUCCUGGCCCAGAUGAACAUGUCAGCAAUACUGGGCAGAAUGUUUCAGUGUACCUUUCUGAGACAUCUCCAGUUUUAUCUUCCCAUGAGCUUCUGCAAUGCACAAACUCCUCAGCUUCUUCUCAAAGUUCUCAGCUGAAACAGAAGCCUCCUAUAUCAUCUAAGAAACCCAAUCUUUCCCUAAUUAUACCACCCAUUAUGCACCUACCUGCCUCUAAUGGACUCAAGCUUCAACAGGUUCAUGAAGCACAAGAAAUACUUGAGUCAGGGCAACUGAAUGGCACAUCCUCGACAAACACAGUUAAUUUGCAAGCAAUUCCUUUGGACCUUGAGGUUGAGGAAGAGAGUGACUCAGACUCUUCAGACCCGGUGGUCAAAAGCAGACUGUCUCUGAGCAGCGAGUUGUCAUUAAGCAGUCUGCAAGAACUGCAACUCUCUGAUCUCAUUCUUCAUGAGCAUGACCUCGGCCUGAGUGAUAAGGAUUUUGGGCUCUGUGAUGAUAAAAGUACAUCAGAUGAUGGUUCAAGCAGCAGCUCGGGAUCCAUCAGCUUUAAAGAGGACGAACAUGAGGAAAAUGGUGCCGUGUUUGACUCGAGCACUGAAAGCGCAUCUAGCAUUAUCACUAACGGAGCGGCUAUGGGGGAGAUGGUGACGCCUGUUCGUCCCCGUACUACAGAGGACCUCUUUGCUGCCAUUCAUAGGUCAAAGAGGAAGGUCCUGGGCCGUGGCGACUCUGAAGAGGAACGCUGCCGUAACUUCCUCCCUUCCCCACCUGUCACUCCAACAGGCUCUUGCCCCAGCCUAACUUCAUUGCCACGUCAGAACGGCUCCAUUCAGCGCAACCUGCGGCGCUCAUCCACGAGCAAUGACAGUUUUAAAGCUCUGCUUCUCAAGAAGGGCAGCCGCUCAGAGUCCAGCUUCCGCAUGUCAGCCACUGAGAUUCUCAAAUGCACAGACCCCCGUUUUCAGAGGGCUAAUUCAGAGCAUGCACAAUCUGACGGACUGUGCACCUCUCCAACAAGCAGCAGGAGAGCACAUGAAGAGUGGGCACGUACAGAGGGAGCCUUGCCCCGUCUUACUGCUGGACUAACAACCCUAAAAUAUGGGCGUUCACGCACACCACCUUCUGCAGCCAGCAGCCGGUACAACAGCCGUAGCCGCAUUCCCAGUGGGCCAAUGACUGCCAUCUGCGAAAAAGAGGGAGAGAUGGCCGAGUCUACAGACUGCUGCAUUAGUGCUGAGAGUCAUUUUGCCCUGCCCAUAUCCUCCAGCAGCACGGUCUGUGCUCAAGGCAGCACUUAGUGCUGUCAACUCAACCCUAACGGCUUGUUAAAGAUAGCUGUCCAUUCAAUAUGAAGACCGCAGAGGUCUAAACUCUGGCUCGGAGGCCAUGCUUGUGCUGGCCGAUAGCAGGGGGAAGUUUCUGUAAUUCUGUAAGUGUAGAUUUGCUUUUUUCCAUGAGUGAAAGCUUUAUCUUUCAUAAAACAUUAGUGUUCUCAAAAAAUGUGAUAUUAAAAGAGGGUUAUUGGUUUUGUUAAAUCGAAUGUUCUUAGCUUGCUGUAUGCAGGUUAGGAGAAUAAGGAAAUGUACGUUUCCUUGGUGGUAAGUUGAGGGACGAAUAAAUGGAAGCAGAAUGUCAUUGAGGGAUUUUGUUUCUAAUGGUCCAUGCUGAUGUGUUUCUGCCUCUGUGACAAUGGAAGCACCCAACCAAAGUGAGCACUUAAACUCUGAAUUCACAGAACCCACAUCCAGAACACAUUCGUGGAAGAGGUAGUGUCAAUGAAGUAUUGGCAUUAUCAAGCAUGAGAAGUUUGAAGGGUGGCACAUGACUGUUAUGGUGAAGUUGCUAAAGAAUGAGUGUGGAGAUGAAAUUGAGUUUUAAGAAGUGUUUAGAGACUGAUUUAAAAUAUGUAUAUUUUACGCACCUUUAAAUUCUUCAUUUCUUUUCAGUUGUGUCCAACAAUCUUCAGUUAGAGCAAUGAGAGAGAUGGGACUAUCUAAACAGAAAGUUAUUCAGUUAAUGCAAGCCAAUUCAAACUAACUAAUAGAAUUUUAUCUGUUUACAGUUAGACAGUAAUAAUAGUUCGCUAUACUUUAACAGUGUAAAUAACCCAGCCUUUACAAACCAUUCCGUUUCAUUUAUAGAAACUGAAAGUGUCUAUUUAGGUCUCUAUAUUCUUCAGAAGUUGAGAAAUUCCUUGCCUUUGUCUGUCUCACAUUUGCUCAAUAUGUCAAUUUGUACAUUUUUAUAUUUCUUAUUUCCAAAGGGAGGUACUGUUUAGUCCAUUUGCUAGUACUACGUGCACCUGAAUGUUCCUCUUCCCAUAGUACUGAACACCAGCAGAAUGGUCGUAGAGAAAUGGUAAAAGGCCUUGUGAGAUGCAAGUGUUUCUGUGAAAGAAAUAAAAUAUGGCAUUAAUCAUAAACAAUUACUUGUUUUCUGU